AAACGUACUGAGGACGACGACCCAAGCAUUAAAAGGCGCAAAGCAAACCCAGUGAGCCGACACUUGGAUAAGCUUAUAUCUAUUUGGAUGAAAUGAAUGAUGAACAAAAACAAAGUCGCAUAAUUAAUCAAAAUCCAACCUUAAUUAAUUAAUCUUUGUGUUUUAGAUUCGUUAAACAAAAUCUCUUAAACGUGAUUUGCCUGAAUUAAUCCCAUAAAUAAACAACUCUCCCUUCCCUUACUUCUAAUACCCGCCAUUUCACACUCUCAGAUUCUCUCUGUUUCUUCUUCUCUGCGAUAUGUAAGUGAAAAUGCCGGAGCAGAGAUUCGGAGUCCGAGACGCGAGCCCCGACUCGGUCAUCUUCACCCUCGAGUCAAACUUCAGUCUCUUCUCUUCAGCCUCCGCUAGCGUUGACCGCUGCUCUUUCGCCUCCGACGCCCUUGACCACGACUCCGAGAUCUCUCCGAACUCGGCUGCACAUGAGCACCACGUUGAAGAAAGCUCGAGCGGUACAGAUCGCGAUCCAGAUCCGAGCAGACGCCUAACUUUCCACACCAGCAGCAUCAAGCACUCUCGUCUCUCCACAAAAGCAGAAAAGGCCAAAGUUCAAAAGGAAGACACUGACUCGGAUUUAGUUCUCGAUUCGGCUAGGAGCUCUUUCUCUCUGGCCAUCAAAGAAUGCCAGGACCGGCGCUCCAGAUCUGAAGCUUUCUCGAAGAAGCUAGACAGGCCGAGACCCGCUUCUUUGGAUUUGAACAAUGCCUCUGUCUCCUCGCCGAGACUGGGCAACAUAAAGAAGAGUUCCAUGGCGUCUCGGAAAUCGGGGAAUUUCCCGAGUCCCGGUACACCGAGUUACCGGAACACGAGUCUCGGAGUUCAGAAGGGUUGGAGCUCCGAGCGAGUUCCGGCGCCUACCAACGUGGGUCGGAAGAAUACGACGGCUUCAAUGUUGCCGUUUAAUAACGGGAGGACAUUGCCGUCGAAAUGGGAAGAUGCCGAGAGGUGGAUUUUCAGUCCGGUUCAGGGUGAUGGUGUGGUGAGGCCGUCGUGUCAGCAGACCCAGAGGAGGCCAAAAUCGAAGAGUGGUCCACUUGGGCCUCCUGGGGUUGCGUAUUACUCAUUGUACUCGCCAGCAAUGCCCAUGUUUGAUGGGACCAAUGUGAGCAAUUUCAUGGCUGCAUCUCCGUUUUCAGCUGGUGUUAUAUCAGCUGAUGGAUUGGCAUUCCACUCCGGUGCCCAAAAUGGAGCCUUUACAACCCGGGCUGAACCUUGCAUUGCCCGUUCGGUUAGUGUGCAUGGUUGCUCUGAGGUGCUGGACCAGCAGUCUUCACUGCCUGGCUCUCAAGAUGAAAAGUUUGAUGGACCUGAUGGGGUCAAGGAUGCGGCUACCAAUGUAUCUCGUGCAGUUUCAAGAAGGGACAUGGCAACGCAGAUGAGCCCAGAUGAUAGCACUCACUCAUCUCCCAUAGGAGGGCCUUCUUACUCUGCCUCCAGUUCCUCGGGCCUGCCUAUUGUGGAAGUGCAGAGUGCCCCUUCUUUGAAGUUGGAAGUCAGGGAUGUGCAGGUAGAUGACCGUGUCACUGUGACAAGGUGGUCCAAGAAACAUAAAGCCCGAGUACCUGGGAAGGGCUCUGAUAUUAUUGAUAAUUGGAAAAAGAAAGAUGCAGACUCUCGGUCUGCUGCUUGGGAUCUUUCUGACUCAUCGAAGAACAUUUCAAAAGUUAAAAGAGAGGAAGCCAAAAUCACUGCUUGGGAGAACCUGCAGAAGGCGAAAGCUGAGGCAGCAAUACGGAAACUAGAGAUGAAGCUGGAAAAGAAGAGAUCAUCAUCCAUGGAUAAAAUCAUGAACAAGUUGAGAUCGGCUCAGAAGAAGGCUCAAGACAUGAGAAGCUCCGUGUUAACCGACCAAGCACGAGUUGCAGGGACCUCACAUAGAACUGUAUCAAUUCGUAGAACUCGUCAGAUGGGUUCUUUGAGUGGUUGUUUUACAUGCCAUACUUUCUGACUCCUCAGCCAGCCACCUGUUGUUCCACUUGGCUAUACAACAAGGUUAAGUAAAUGAACAACGGAGGAUCCAGAACAUAAAUGAAUGGUGUAUAGCAGUUAGCAGCUACUAUUUCCACGCUAAAUCAGUGUCAACGUAGCUUUCCAGUGGCAUGAAGCACCAAAACCUCAGGUUCAGUCUUUUAGAUAACUAGGACCCUAGUAAGCAAUUGUUGCGGAUUCAGCGAUUAAUAAUGCUUGUGUGUGUGUAAAUCAAAGACUUCAGAUUAUAUACUACGUUAAUUUUUUUUCUUGUUUUUCACACACCAUGAAAGCUUGUGCACAAAACAAUCAUCUACUUGAGCAUCA